UAGCUUUGUCAUGGCUUCUAGUCUCAAAGUAACAUCCACUAUGAUGCUCAAACCUUGUUGCUUCUUCAUUCUUGUUGCAGUAUUGCUGUCAAGAAUCUGCACAAUCUGCUCGGCCAAAACACUAGUUUCAAAUGUAACUAUAGAUCAAGAAGCCCUUGUUGCCUUUAAAGCCGCCAUCAUCUCAGACCCCUAUCAAAUCUUGAACAAAAACUGGUCUAAUGAUGCAUCUGUCUGCAGCUGGAUAGGCGUCUCUUGCAGCGUGGAUGACCAGAGAGUGACGUCCCUCAAUGUCUCUGGCUUUGGCUUUGCAGGCCCCAUUGUUCCGAAUCUUGGCAACUUGACAUCCCUCGAGCUUUUAGCACUUACCAACAACAACUUCACAGGCUCCAUACCCCAAGAGCUGUCUAAUUUGCGCCGUUUGAGCGUUUUCGAAGCUGGAUACAACCUUCUCAGUGGGGAGAUUCCGUCAUGGCUGGGAACCUUGACGGAGCUAGAGUAUCUUCGUCUCAAUGGAAAUAACUUCUCCGGCAGUAUCCCACGGUCAAUAGGUAAUAACACUAAGCUGGUGCUUCUGAACCUGGCCUACAAUUCUUUGGGUGGAGUUAUCCCACUAGAGAUUGCCAAUCUUUCUUCCUUGGAAAGAUUAGAUCUCAAAUACAAUGGCCAGAUUGCAGAUUCUAUCCCGGAAGGAAUCUUCGACCUGUCUAGUAUCGAAGCAAUUGAUCUCACAGGUAACAGUCUAUCUGGCGAGCUCCCAAGCACCAUGUGUGACAAUGUGCCUCGACUGAGAGGACUUUUUCUCUCUGCAAACCUACUUAGUGGGAGCAUUCCUUUUGAUAUCCACAACUGCAGCACCCUCCGGAUAAACUCCUUCCAUAUUGGAGGGAUCCCACCAGGCAUACACAACCUCUCGCGAUUGCAGAUGCUCAGCCUACAAAGUGCAUCUCUAACAGGGCGAAUCCCAUCAUAUAUCUUCAACAUGUCUUCUCUCGAGGGACUAGAUCUCUCAAACAACACUCUCUCGGGGGGCCUUCCACUGACCCUGUGUGGUGGCACAACCAAACUUGAGCAGCUGUUUCUAGGCACCAAUCAGCUGACUGGCCGAGUUUUAGACAGAAUAUGCAACUGCAGAAGCCUAUUUGUGAUUUCAUUGCGAUACAACAACUUCACAGACAAUAUACCUAAGUGUCUUGCAAACCUUACUGCCCUAAAUUACCUAUAUCUAGGCAAGAACAACUUCACAGGUGAGCUACCAGCUGAGUUAGGUAGCCUUAAUUUGGUGCAUAUCUAUGUCAAUGAAAAUGGGUUAUCUGGCGUCAUCCCAAUCUCCAUCUUCAACAUAUCAUCAAUUCAGGAGAUGGAUUUUUCAGUGAAUCACUUCACUGGGAAGCUUCCUUCAACAAUGGGGCUUUCACUUCCCAAUCUACAGAAGCUUUAUUUGGGCAUGAACAAACUGAGUGGACCAGUUCCAAGCUUUAUCACCAAUGCUUCCAGUCUUACUGUUCUGGUCAUGAUCUCCAACUCUUUCAGUGGACGCGUACCAGAUUUUGGUAAUCUAAGACUCUUGCAACGCCUUCUUCUAGCAGAGAAUAAUCUAACAGGAACGUCUUUUUUGUCUUCUUUAUCAAAGUGCCAAUUCUUGGAUUACGUAGAAUUUUCACUGAAUCAGCUGAAUGGUAUGUUUCCUGCUUCAAUUGGCAACCUCUCUGCUACUCUUCAGGUUUUUAGAGGGUUCGGUUGUGGAAUCAUAGGUUCCAUUCCUGCUGAAAUUGGCAACGUGACCAACUUACGUGACUUGUAUUUGGACAACAAUGAGCUAACAGGAUCCAUACCAAGCACACUGGGAAAUCUGAGCCAACUCAUACGUAUAUAUCUCGAGUAUAACAAGCUUGAAGGAUAUAUCCCCCCACAGCUUUGCCAGUUAAGCCGUUUGGGGGACUUGUAUGUGAGCCAUAACAUGCUCCAUGGGCAGAUCCCUUCGUGUAUUGGUGAAAUGAAAACUUUGAGAAGAUUAUACCUUGAUUCAAAUAAGUUGGAAGGCAAUGUUCCGUCCAACUUAUGGCAGCUCAAUGAUCUAGUGGCCUUGAACUUGUCCACAAACAGUUUGAAUGGCUCUCUUCCACCUGAGAUAGGAAAUUUGAAGGCUGUAACGGAUUUGGACUUGUCGUGGAAUUUGUUCUCAGGCAACGUCUCUAGCUCCAUAGACAAAGCAGAGUCAUUAGUUGUGCUAUCUUUGGCACAUAACAAGCUGCAAGGGCCUAUUCCAGAAUCCAUUGGUAAAUUGAGAGGUUUGGAAUCAUUAGAUCUCUCGUUUAAUACUUUUUCUGGUUCUAUACCUAAAUCACUCGAAGGCCUCACCUUCCUGAAGUACUUAAAUCUUUCUUACAAUAGACUUCAAGGAGAGAUUCCUAAAGGUGGUAGGUUUGCUAACUUCACUGCUGAAUCGUUCUUAGAGAACCAUGGUUUGUGUAGUGAGACGCGUAUGCAGGAUCUACGCGUCCCUCAUUGUAGACAGAAGUCCAAGAGUGUGUCGUGGACCAGAUAUAUCAAGUAUGUGGUACCUCCUUUCAUACUUGCAUUGAUCGUGGUGAUCUUUGUUGUUGUACUGAUUAAAAGAGGAAGAUCAAGGGUGAAAGAGCAGACAAAAGAUGACCAUCCAUCAAUUCAUGCAUGGAAAGGGAGCUCUUAUCUUGAGCUGCAACGGGCGACUGACGGCUUCAGUGAGAGCAACAAACUAGGAAGUGGAGGUUUUGGGACAGUGUACAAAGGAACUCUUUCAUCUGGCCUAACUGUUGCAAUUAAAGUCUUCAACUUGGAAUCUGAGAAAGUGGCCAAGAGCUUUGACACAGAGGUGGAAGUGUUGAGCUCGAUUCGCCAUAGAAAUCUGAUCAAGAUCAUCGGAUGCUGCAGCAGUGAAGACUUCAAAGCUUUACUCUACGAGUACAUGCCUAAUGGCAGCCUCGAGAAAUGGCUGUAUUCCAGCAACUUCUUCUUGGACUUGAAAGGAAGAGUGGGCGUGGCCGUGGAUGUGGCAUCUGCAUUGGAAUAUCUUCAUGUUGGGCUCACGUCCCCUAUUGUUCACUGCGAUUUGAAGCCGAGCAAUGUGCUGCUGGACGACGACAUGACAGCUCGUGUGGGUGAUUUUGGUAUAGCCAAGCUAUUUGGAGAGGGAGAGAUGACAGCUCAAACCAGAACCUUAGCUACUGUUGGAUAUAUGUCUCCAGAAUAUGGAGGUGAAGGCAUCGUGUCGACAAGCGGGGACGUGUACAGCUUUGGCAUAAUGGUGCUGGAGCUGUGCACGAGUAAAAGGCCUACGGAUGAUAUGUUCGGUGGUGAAAUGAGCUUGAAGUCGUGGGUGAGCCUCGCGUUGCGCAGACACGCGAUGAUUGAAGUCGUGGAUGCGGCUUUGCUACAAGGAGAAGAGAAGGAUUUCUCGUUGAAGGAGGAAUGCUUGUCAUCUCUUUUGAGUUUGGCAAUGGAAUGCUUAGCCACAUCACCUUUUGAUAGAAUCACAAUGACUCAAGUUGUAGCGAAAUUGAACAAGAUUAGAACUUUGUUUAUGGAUAAAACUAGGGCAUAAACUAGCAUAGAAAUAGCCAUCUAAGUAAUUUUAAAAUAAAUGUUGUUCAAGUGUAUUUAAAUGUUACCAAUGUAUGUUGAUCGAUGGUAUGGUUUCAAGGCCGGUCCUGGUUAA